CAAAACACUGUCUAUUUAUACGUAACAUUUGACAUUCGUUUAACAUUGUCUGACAAUAAUAAAGAUUUAGAAAAACAAUAAGACGAGUUAGAUUAAUGUGUGGAUUAACAAUUAGAUAGAAGAGUAACAAGUAACAAGUGUUGUGAUGAGUGUGUAAAUAAUAUUUCAAGUGUUUUGUCUAUUUUAGUGAUCAGAAAAAUGCGUAGCAGAAGCGACUCAGGAGUCAGGCUGGAUUACUACCAGCGGGUGAUCCAGAAGGUGAUAAUGAACCACCAGAACCCGGUGACAGGUUUGUUUCCUUUGAGCGAAGACCUGGACCAUGCUUGGAUCCGGGACAACGUGUACUGCAUCCUAGCGGUCUGGGGGCUGUCAAUGGCUUACAAAAAGAUCGCAGAUGUUGAUGAAGACCGGGCGAAGACUUACGAGCUGGAGCAAAGCUGCGUGAAGCUGAUGCGAGGGCUUCUGAUGGCGAUGAUGCAGCAGAAGGACAAGGUGGAGAAGUUCAAGAUCACCCAGAAUCCUUUAGACGCGAUUCAUGCUAAGUAUUCUUCAACAACUGGUCAAGCUGUGGUGAGAGACAACGAGUGGGGACAUCUGCAGAUUGAUGCUGUGUCUUUGUAUCUGCUGAUCUUAGCUCAGAUGACAGCUUCAGGGUUGCAAAUCAUCUUCAACUUAGAUGAGGUCGCCUUCAUCCAGAACUUGGUUUUCUACAUAGAGUCCGCGUACUGCAUUCCAGAUUACGGAAUUUGGGAGCGCGGUGACAAGACCAACCACGGACUGCCUGAGCUAAACGCCAGCAGCAUCGGAAUGGCCAAAGCAGCCAUGGAAGCAAUGAACGAACUGGACCUGUUUGGCGCCAGAGGCGGACCUACAUCAGUGAUCCACGUUCUAGCGGACGAAGCGCAGAAGUGCCAAGCUGUUUUACAAUCAAUGCUUCCAAGAGAAUCCAAUUCUAAAGAACUGGACAGUGGAUUGCUCUGUAUCAUAAGCUACCCUGCGUUCGCCGUUGAUGAACCAAAUCUGAUCCAACUGACCCGGGACACUAUCACCAAGAAACUUCAAGGAAAAUACGGAUGCAAGAGGUUCCUCCGUGAUGGCUACCGCACGCCUAAGGAAGAUCCCAACAGGCUGUACUACGAACCUUGGGAAUUGAGGAUGUUUGAGAGUAUCGAGUGUGAGUGGCCUUUGUUCUACUGCUACCUCAUCUUAGAUUACUGUUUUCAAGGAAACAAUAGAGUGGUGACAGAUUAUAUGAAUUCUCUGGAGAAGAUUCUGGUCAAAAAAGAAGAUGGGAUAAAUUUGGUGCCAGAAUUGUACGCAGUAGCGCCUGAAAAUGUAGAAGCUGAAUACGCUGAACCUGGAAGCCAGCCAAGGCUACCUUUAGGACGCUGUCCCUUCAAGUGGGCCCAAUCCUUGUAUAUUCUGGGGAAGCUUCUGCAGGAAGGAUUUUUAGCUGUUGGAGAACUGGAUCCACUUAACAGAAGACUCUGCAGUGAAAAGAAGCCAGAUGUUGUUGUCCAGGUUGUGAUUCUUGCUGAAGAUGAUGAUGUUAGGGAGAAGAUUGCUCAGCAUGAUAUCCAUGUGCAAACUAUUGCCGAAGUGGCGCCUAUUGAGGUCCAGCCUGCUAAAGUUCUCAGCCAUUUGUACACUUAUUUAGGCCGCAAUAAGAAGCUGGGUCUUUCUGGAAGGAAGUCCAGGGACGUUGGGAUCCUCAGCACCAGCAAACUCUACUCACUCCAGGACAAGAUCUUCGCGUUUACACCUCAGUUAACCGAUAUGACACGUUUCUACAUCGCAUCAGACUACGAAUUAAUGAUCGAUAUAUUCAAAGGUGAAAUAAACUUCUUGAAGUCUAGCUGGCAAAAUAUGUUAGGUCGACCACUUGUUGUAAUGCCACUCAAGAAUAUCCAUUUAGAUCAUGGCAAAAUCCCGCUAGCAAUGAUCACUACGAUGAAGAAAUUGAAGAGUGGUUACAUCAACGGUACCCGAGUGUCAUUGGGUAAUCUCAAUGACUUCUUGACCACUUCUUGCAUCACCAAUCUAAGUUUCUUAGGCAGCGCUGAAGACGGAAGACCAGACAUACUAAAUCCGCAGGUUCAAAAGUACCUAGACGAGCACCUGAUGCGUGCCUUUCCUCACCGUUCAGGGCUUCUAGAUCGUCCCGCUGUGCGCAGUGGCAAAAACUUACGCCGGAAAAUGUCCUUCAAGGGAGCUAUUAAGAAAACCCGAUCAAUUGCUGUCGAACCCGGUUUUCCGCUCGUUUUGUUGGAACCUGAAAUUUUUGGAAUGGCAGGAGAAGAUCGUAGACCUUCUACCGUGAUGCCAGUUAGUCCUUUUAUUGAAGUCACGGAUACUGCUUCGACGUCUCUGCAAGCUGAUGCAGAAUCUAAGCCUGAGAAGAGGACGCCUUCACCAGAAAUGCCAGCUACUGGCGAUGUGCCCCCUAGGAAGCACAGAAUUCGCACUCUAACAGAAACUCAGUAUGCUGAUACCGAAGUUGAGGAACUUAUGGCGAUGUUGCGGGAAACUGAGAGCUUGGAAGAGCAAGGAGACAUUUUGCAGUAUUUGGUUGAUACCCAAGGGCUGCAGUUCAAUACAGGAAUGAUCGAAAACGGGCACCCUGUUUUGGUAAAAGAUCUUCUAAAAGGUGUCUAUGAGAAGGCUUGUCAGCAAAAAAUGUGGGGAAUUGUCCGACAUACAGCGGGGAUGUUAGGAAAGAGGGUAGAAGAUCUAGCCAAAGCUGUUACUGAUCUUCUGGUGCGUCAGAAGCAAGUUACAGUUGGAAUGCCACCGACAAAUGAACACACAAUUGUAGCACCUCUUCCAGAAAACGAGUUGCGUUCACUAAUCCACCAGGCCUACGGCGACGACGAGUCAACAGCAAUGUUGACCCAGGAACUCUUGGUCUACUUGGCGAUGUUCAUCCGAACGGAACCCCAGUUGUUCCACGAAAUGCUGAGACUUCGCGUGGGUUUGAUCAUCCAGGUGAUGGCGACUGAAUUAUCACGAACUCUAAUUUGCAACGGCGAAGAAGCUUCUGAGCACCUGCUCAAUCUCUCGCCUUUUGAGAUGAAGAACUUGCUCCACCAUAUUAUGAGCGGAAAGGAAUUCGCAAUUAGCAGCGUCGGUCGCGGAAAUUUCUCGAUAAUCUCCUACAAGUCGAACCGGGUGAGCAAGAAGUCACAGAUCGGAGGAUUCUUGAACGAUCAGACGGACGUCAAUGAAGCGGAGCCUGAUCGGCAAGGUCAGUGGUUAAGAAGAAGGCGCCUAGAUGGUGCCUUGAAUCGCGUGCCUAGAGAUUUUUACCCAAGAGUCUGGCAAGUGCUGGAGCGCUGCCAGGGGCUGGUUAUAGAAGGGAAAGUACUGCCUCAGCACCUCACCCAGGAGAUGACUUCUGGGGAGCUGAAGUUUGCUCUAGCGGUUGAGACUGUUCUUAAUACCAUUCCCCAGCCGGAGUACAGACAAUUGGUGGUAGAGGCGCUGAUGGUUCUCACGCUGGUUACGGAGUAUAAUGUGGUGGCUUCUUUGGGGGGGAUGAUUGUUGUUGAACAGUUGGUGCAUCAAGCUAACGCCAUCUUUCUUGAAGAUCAGAUGAAAGUCGAUGGAGACGCAACUUUAUGCUGUGCAAAGCCCAAAAACCAGCGAGAAACAACGCCAAUGGGAACUUUACUAUGCGGCGGCGCUGCUUACAUCUGCCAGCACUUCUACGACAGCGCUCCAAGCGGUAGUUUUGGAACAAUGACCUAUAUAACGCGUGCCAUAGCUUCUUAUUUGAACUUUCUGCCGAAGGAGGGUGACCUUGAGUGCAGUAUUUCUUGAUACUUAUUAAAAAUUGUUAUUGUAAUUGUUAUUAGUUAAAUAUAUAUUAAAAAAAAAAUCCAGUACCUUGAAAAA